UUGGAUCACGUGAGCUACAGAAGGGGGUCAUUCUCCACAUAUAGUUUCAUUCUAGCGUUUUUAUAGCACUCAACUCGAUAAUGUCUGUGCGCCGUAACCUUGAAUGGGUUAAGUGACGAUGCGUCUUUUUAUGCACGAUCAAAUUAAGAGUGAUACUUUGCGUUGUCUGAAAAGGUGUCCUCUUCAGAUUAGCAUCAUCAUAUCUCAGUGCUAUGUGCUGUAGUAAGAGCCGAGGGGGAGGCUACAGGAGGGACAAGGGUUUUACAUCUCAGAAAGGGGUGGAGCUUCAUACGGUUCUUCUAUUUUUUUGACGCUAUAGCGUUCAGUCUAUCACGUCCUCCCAAUCGCUCAGCACACCACCAAAAACCGUCAACUAACCUAAGACUGACGUGAUUUUGACAGGAGUAGACCUACAGGAAUUUACGCAUUGCUAUUUGUUGCGCAAUCAUACCAUUUCUUUGUCAAAUUUUUAACUUUUAAAAGUGGCCUACUCGUUGGCUAUUUUUCUAGCACGUUAUUACCCUUAUUUUAUCAUCGGGGAAUCCACUGCAACUUUUGAGAAAAGCAAGUGGUGCCUUUUGAUAUUGUUAUUUUAGCUGUAGCACAUUGUGUUGGGUUGCAAGUUGCGCUUGAAUUGCUGGUUCUAUGGAAUCUUGGAAGUUCGUAUCAAGACCAGAACAACGAGGAUGCCAAGAGGAUACGCAGGGAGAAUCGGUUGAAGACAACAUUCAGACUGAAAACAGCACGGACCUUUUGCAUGAAUAGGCUACCUGCAAGACACACCUCUAUUGCCUAGGCUACUCAGAUUAAUUAGUGUUAGAUAAUGAAUAUCAUAUUGAUUUUAGACUGAAACAUAAUUUCCAUUACAUGCUGUGAACUGAAGAAAACUAUCAGAGAAUAUUUUUUAUAUAGUCGAGUACCGUUCUCGGUAACCUAUCAUUUACAAUUUUCUGUAACAGAUCGCGUUCAAUUUUCAAUGUGCCAUCAGCCGGACAAUAUUGCUCCUGUAUGUGAUUGAAACAUAUACAAUCUAAUAUUUUUGCCUCGCUGAAAAGCGCAUAUUGAUUGUGUUGCGGCAUCAUGAUGGAGGAACAAGCCCGGAUAAUGCAGGCGCUCAGCGGCGUGACUCUGGCUGGCCAUUCGGUACAAGGAGGCAUGGGACUACCGCCGCCCCACGGACACGAGGGGACCGAUGGGGACGGAAGAAAACAAGAUAUUGGGGACAUUCUUCAUCAAAUAAUGACAAUUACCGACCAAAGUCUGGAUGAGGCGCAAGCAAAGAAACACGGAUUGAACUGUCACAGAAUGAAACCCGCGCUCUUCAGCGUUCUCUGCGAAAUCAAAGAGAAAACAGGUCUCAGUAUCCGGGGUGCUCAGGAGCAGGAUCCUCCGGACCCCCAGCUCAUGAGGCUGGACAACAUGCUGCUGGCUGAGGGCGUGUCCGGGCCAGAGAAAGGUGGUGGAUCUGCGGCUGCCGCGGCAGCAGCCGCUGCAGCGGGGGGCGGAGCCGAGAACUCCAUUGAACACUCGGACUACAGGGCCAAGCUGACGCAAAUCAGACAGAUUUACCACACAGAGCUGGAGAAAUAUGAGCAGGCGUGUAACGAGUUCACCACCCACGUGAUGAACCUGCUGAGGGAGCAGAGCCGCACGCGGCCCAUCUCUCCCAAGGAGAUCGAGCGCAUGGUGGGCAUCAUCCACCGCAAGUUCAGCUCCAUUCAGAUGCAGCUUAAACAGAGCACCUGUGAGGCCGUCAUGAUCCUACGCUCCAGGUUCCUCGACGCCAGACGGAAAAGGCGGAACUUCAGCAAGCAGGCCACGGAGAUCCUGAACGAGUACUUCUACUCACACCUCAGCAACCCUUACCCGAGCGAGGAGGCCAAGGAGGAACUAGCAAAAAAGUGCAGCAUCACUGUGUCCCAGGGUGUGGGAACCACCAUCACAGUGUCACAGGUGUCCAAUUGGUUCGGCAACAAGAGGAUCCGGUACAAGAAGAACAUCGGCAAGUUCCAGGAGGAGGCUAACCUCUAUGCAGCCAAGACAGCGGUGACGGCAACCCACGCCGUGGCAGCAGCCAUCCACAGCAGCCAGGCCAACUCACCCACCACGCCCAACUCUGGCUUCCAGAUGAAAGAUGAGGAAUUUCAACUGGACUCUGCUGAGAGCAAAAACUCCCUUUUAACCAACAUGUUCAGCGCCGGUUCCUCUGCCUCUUUUAGCCUCCCUAACUCUGGGGACAUGUUCAUGAGCAUGCAGAGUCUGAAUGGGGCCUCUUACCAGGGGGCUCAAGUCGGAGCUAAUGUGCAGUCACAGGGGGAUACCAUACGCCAUGCUAUCAGUCAGACGGUCGGAUACAAUGAUGGGCUACGGCACCCCAUGUACAGUCCUCACAGUCUAAAUGGUAACGGGGGAUGGCACGGUGCACCAACUCCCUCCUCAGUGACGUCCCCAAACGAAGGGCCAGGCAGUGUGCACUCUGAUACCUCAAACUGACCACCUCACUGAUCGUCUCUUUUCCACCUAAUAUGCUACCGUGCCCUCGACCAAUGUGACUGAACCAAACAGAGGCCAUACAGAACCAAUCACCUCCCUCGACUGAGUCUAACCCCUCCCCCCUCCACUCCAGACAAUGUCGGCCAUUUUGUAAAAUCCCAUCCAAUAACCUUCACAGUCAAGACUGAUAUGAUUGGAUACAGCUUUUAGCAACAUUUUUCUGAACAUAAAUAUAUAUUAACUGACAGACCGACGAGUUGGGGUUCUGAAUGGGAAGUCUAGAGAAGAUAACAGUAGAUGUAUUCAAGUAAAAACUGAAGACCGUGCAUCUCUCUCAACCCUCCAGAUCUACUCUUUUUGUUCUUCUCUCUUUGGGCCAACUAAGACUGAAGGCAA